GCUCUUUUUGAGUCCAUGGUCGGCGAGGCUACUCGGGAGAUUACGGUAUCCGGGAGCCGCGCUGGCCCGUCAAAGCGCCCAGCCGGUCACGUGGCCCCUCGCGCCGAAGGGGCGAAGGGCAAAGGAGGCCAGUCUCGCGAGAGCGGCGCCAGGCAACGGCGCAGCAAGAUGGCGGCGCCGGAGACGGAGGUGGUGCCUGCGGGUCCCGGUUCCGGCCCUGAACAGCAAGUAACGAGCAAUGGGACUGCCGGAAGGGGCGAAGGGCCCGUUGAGACCCAGCAACCGAACCAGCCCCAGCAGCAACCUCCCAAUGCCUGGCAGGUGAUCAAAGGAGUCUUGUUCAGGAUCUUUAUCAUCUGGGCCAUCAGCAGUUGGUUCCGUCGUGGGCCGGCACCACAGGAUCAAACCAGCGCUGGCGGAGCACCCAGGGCACCGAGCCGGAAUCUUUUUCCGAAAGACACUUUAAUGGAUCUUUAUGUCUAUAUAUCAGAGCAUGAGCACUUUACAGAUUUCAAUGCUACCUCGGCAUUGUUUUGGGAGCAGCGAGACCUUGUCUACGGGGACUGGACAAGCGGCGAGAACGCCGAUGGGUGCUACGAACACUAUGCAGAGUUAGAUAUUCCUGAGAGCGUUCAACACAACGGUUCCAUUUAUAUCCAUGUGUACUUCACAAAGAGCGGGUUCCACCCCGAUCCGAAACAGAAGACUCUGUACAGGCGCCUCGCCACCGUCCACACGUCAAGAAUGAUAAAUAAGUACAAACGCAGACGGUUCCAGAAAACCAAGAAUUUGCUAACUGGAGAGACCGAAGCGGAUCCUGAAAUGAUAAAAAGAGCUGAAGAUUUCGGCCCCGUGGAAGUGAUCUCACAUUGGCACCCAAACCUCACCAUCAACAUUGUGGAUGACCACACGCCGUGGGUCAAGGGCAGUGUUCCUCCGCCCCUGGACCAGUACGUGAAAUUCGACGCCGUGAGUGGCGAUUACUACCCCAUCUUGUAUUUCAACGAUUACUGGAAUUUGCAGAAGGACUACUAUCCCAUCAACGAGACGGUGGAGCGGCUGCCCUUCCGCCUUUCCUUCUGUCCUCUUUCCCUGUGGCGAUGGCAGCUGUACGCCGCUCAGAGCACCAAGUCCCCCUGGAACUUCCUAGGAGAGGACUUGUACGAGCAGUCCGACGAGGAGCAGGACUCCGUGAAGGUGGCUCUGUUAGAAACCAAUCCCUACCUACUGGCUUUGACCAUUAUUGUAUCUAUCAUACAUAGUAUUUUCGAAUUCCUCGCUUUCAAAAAUGAUAUCCAAUUCUGGAACAGCAGGCAAUCCCUAGAGGGGCUCUCUGUCCGGUCCGUAUUCUUCGGCGUCUUCCAGUCCCUCGUGGUUCUCCUCUACAUCCUGGAUAACGAGACUAACUUUGUGGUGCAAGUCAGCGUCUUCAUUGGCCUCCUCAUUGAUCUGUGGAAGAUCACAAAAGUGAUGGAUGUCAGGCUGGAUUGGGACAACAAAAUUGCCGGGAUCCUCCCACGCUUAACCUUCAAAGACAAGUCAACAUACAUAGAGUCGUCGACCAAAGUCUACGACGACAUGGCUUUCCGGUAUCUUUCCUGGAUCCUCUUCCCGCUGCUGGGCUGUUACGCCGUCUACAGCCUCCUCUACAUGGAGCACAAGGGCUGGUAUUCCUGGGUGCUCAGCAUGCUCUAUGGAUUCUUGCUGACCUUCGGUGAGUGGCCGGAGCCUUCCGAAAACCAGCAUUCUGUGAAAACUAGGGGUUGCGCACCCGCAGAGCUGUGGAUUCAAACGGGAAUCAUCAAGGUGGUCCCUCUUUGGCCCACCAGUCGUCCUUAUUUUGUCCCUUUCUUAAAUAGUGGUAAGAAUGUCGUUUUCUUCAUUUACCUCUACCAGCGAUGGAUCUACCGGGUAGAUCCAACCCGUGUCAAUGAGUUUGGGAUCAGUGGGGAGGACCAAACGUCCCGGACAGUGACACAGAGCAUAGCCCAGCAGGACGGUACCCCUGCGGUGCUGGCCGUCAAGGGCCCCGGGGCGUUAACAGAGGGCCCAGCCAACGGAGCUCCUGCAGCAGCCACGGAGCCGGUCGCCGACAGCUCUCCGGCAGCCCCUUCGGAGAGCUUGUUAGACGGCGUCCCCGAAACACUCCCGUUGAAAACGGCAGAGGAGAAGAAGAAAGAUUAACCCGCUCUUAACGUUUAUUUUUUAAUACCCCUAACUCAACACUUUCACGGUUGGAGAACGGACAGAAGGCAGACGGGUGGGGGCAGGGAAGGAACAGAGUCGCUUCGGUCCCCCAGGGUCCAAAGCUUUUUAUUUUAUAUUCCAGUAAAUUCGUGGGGGGCAGUAAACGGGCGGGAGGGUCGUUGGGAUGGGGAGGGAGGGGGAGACAAAGAUUGCUUGAAAUGUU